GAAUAACACAUUUUAUGUCGUUCACUAUAGUCACUGCUUACUUCCUAGCCUACAAUACAAUUGUUGUUACUUUUUUUAACUCUGUACUCCAUUUUGGAUUAUGUACUAGUGAUGUAAUAAUUACUGUAUUAUAUAUUACGCUUUUAAAAUUUGUUUACUGAUUUUGGUUUUGCACAUAGAGUGAUCAAAAUGUCAGAAACUUUAGAUUCACGUAUGGUUUCUGAUUUAAAGGUGACUGAAUUGCGUUCUGAAUUAGAAAAACGUGAUUUGGACAAAACUGGAGUAAAAGCAGUAUUAUUGGAACGUUUGCAAAAAGUAAGUAUUCAGAAAUGGUAUUCUUAUGAUAAUCAAUAAUUUGAAUAGAUACUUCAUAAUAAUACCUAUUAUAUAUUUUUCUAUGACUUGUACUUAUCGUUAAAUGUUUUUAUCUUCUAUUAUAUCCCACGUAAACUGACCUAGCUACUUUUAUAUUUGCUCUCCACAUUUCCCUGUCAUUCAACAUUUAUUUAUUCCUCUUUUCUUCAUAUUACUCAUAUUGAUCUUUAGUCAAUUUUUCUUUGGUCAGCUUUUUGUCCAUCUGACCAAGUAUUUCUUCUAUUUUUCAGCUAUAUUCCAUGAGUGUAUUUUUAACAUUUAAUUACAUAGGUGUUUUAAUUAUAUGGAACUAGGUAUUGUCAUAUAAUAUAAUCUUAAAUAUAACCUAACAUGAAUUGUGUUUUGUAUACCUAAGUAGUAUAAGGAUUAAAAUUCCUAGGUACUUAUAUUAUCAACAUUUGUAACCAGAGGGUAAAUCAUCAAUGAAUAUUGUAUACAUCUGAUUCCAAAGAACCGCGGUUUCCUCCACUGUAAAUAUUCACUAUAUCAAAUUUCUGGUGAAUAAUAAGAGGUUCAUUAAAAAUUAAACUUCCUUAGUGGUAAAAAAAAAAUUAAUUUUGGUGUAUUGAAAUCAUUUUUAAUGCGGAUUUUUUUAGGUUUAAAUUUUGAUGAAAAUCAUGUAAAAAUCGUGAUAUUUCAAAACAUUGUUCAUCAAAGUUUUCUCAGAAUCGUUUUUCAUUAGCUAUGAUAAAUUCAAUAUCAUGAAUUCUAUCAAUUCACUAUAAACUAUCACAAUCAUUAUCAAAAUUACAAUCAUUGAAAAGACCCUCGACAAGGUUUUCCAUGAUUACAAUCAAUCAGGAGUUACACAGACGUGAAAAUAUAGUUUCAUGUUGGACGUGGAAAUAGUCACUACAUUAUAUUUAUUUGUAUAAUAACAAUAAUUAAUUUUUAUUUUUAAAUUAAACACAGGUUUUUAAAGCUUAUUAGUAGGUACAUUCAUAAGUGCUUCUUUAAUUUUUUAUUUACUUACCUAGGCUCAUUAGCUGGGCUAGGAUUUAUAUGCAACAGAAUGUUUUUUUGUGACUUCUGAUUAUUGAUUUUGUCAGAAAUUUCCACGAAUCGCCUCAUGAUGAGAUAAAUGGUAGUGUUUUUAUUUUGCAUGUUUUUGGAUAUUUUUGCAUAUAUUGAAUAAAAUGAAUAUUAUUGUAUAUUUCGAUUAUAAGAAUGCAAAAAAUGCAUGUUUUACAGUGUAUUUCGUAAUUAAUAUUUAUAGUUUAAUAUUAAUAUUUCGUAUUUAGUUCUAGCCCUGCUGAUUAAAGUACAAAACUUGAUUUUUUUUGUCAAAUAAAAAUUUUAUUUUUAUAAAUACAAUCCUAUGGUACAAUAAGUAUGCGAUAAUAGAUUAAAUAGUUUGACGGAGAAAGAUAAACACAAUUAAUAAAAGUAUGUAGGUCAAUAUAAAAUCCAAGAUAAGAUUUGUCGGGUAUUAGUGUAUUACACAUAAUCCUACGUAGUACAGACUGUUCAGCUGUCCGUGCACCACUGUUUAUUAGACUAUUUUUCAGUGUGAUUUUUAUUUUAAAAAUGCCAAAAGUCAAAAAUGAAAGUGGCAAAUUAAGACAAUUUGUUGUAGAAUUUUCUAGCGAUGUUUUUAAAACCGACGGUAAAGUACUGUAUUAUAUAAUUUGUGAUCACUCAUUUUAUGAAAAAAUUUCAAGUACUUCAGCAUUUAAAUACAAGUAAACACCAAAACAUAAUAAUUUAGUAGAAAAAUCGAAAUAAACAACCAUCGUUUACUUUUGAUUUAUGCCAAGCUAUGCUUGAAUGAUAUACAUCUAUGGAAAUUAAACCAAUCAUCAUUCAACAUUUUUUUUAGAGAAAUAUACUGAAAAAUGUGUUCUCGAUUAGUCAACAAUACGUAAAAAUUACAUUUCUACCAUUUAUGAAAACACUAUUUCAUGUAUUCGUUUAGAAAUUGGUGACUGACCGAUUUGUGUCUUAUUAGAUCAGACAACAGAUGUUAACGAUCAUUUUGUAUGCGAUGUUAUUAUCGGUUUUCUUCACGACGAACAUUAUUCAGAGCCAUGGUUAUUAAUGAGUGAGGAACUUUUUAAAUGUAAUUUUCAAACUGUUGGUAAAUUAUUUAAUGAUGCCAUGCAAUUAUUGUGGCUGUUUGGAGUCAAGUAUGAAAAUGUUCUUUUGUUUGUAACCGACGUUGCAUCAUAUAUGGUGAAGGCAGCUGACUCUUUAACUGUACUAUUUCUAAAUCUGAUACAUUUAACAUGUUAAACCUACGGAAUUCAUAGAGUUUGUGAGAUUAUAAGGGUCGAAUACACUACAGUUAAAUAAAAUGAUAGCCUGUGUAAAAAAAAAAAUUUUUAAAAGCUCCGAGCCGAAUACUUAAUUGAAAAAAUGAAAAAAAAAUGUUCCUAAUUAGUUAUUAGGUACAUUUUUUUAAAAUUUUAUUCUCCAACAGUACUUAGUAUUAAAAUGACUACCUAUAUACUGACUUACUUUCUUAUUAAUAAUUAUUUUGCUUAAAAAUUAAAAUAUUAAAAAAACAUGAAUGUCAGGACACAGAUAAUCUUCAUACCUUUAAGUUUGUUAAUAGGUUAAUUCAUUGUAAUAUUAAAACUAAUGACACAAAAUUUGUUCCUAUUGAAUGUAAAUUUGCUAUGUCGUAUGUUAGUAAAUUUGAAUGUAAUAUCUUCUUAAGUAUAUAUUAUGUAAGCUACCUUGCUUGUAUCACAGUUAAUAUUUAUCUUAAUAGCAUGAUAAAUAAUGAUUUGAUUUUUUGUAUUACUCUCCCCUUAACCUCUCCUCAUUCCUGUAAGUACACUAUUGGGUAGGUACUUAUAUAUUUUGAUCUGUAUUUUAUCUUUGAAUCAGUAUAAAUAUUCAGUUGACAAUUUUGUAGGCUUGCUCUUAAGAUCUAUUUUUAAUGAUUUAUAAUGUGUUCAGCAAGUUACACCUGCUUACUUAUCUAUACCUAUUUAUUGGUUAUUAUUAAUGUACCUGUUAUGUAUUAUUUUAGGCCCUUCUUGAGGAAGGAGAAGAUCCAGAAAAUUAUGUGUUUAAUAAAAUUGAUUUAAUGUCAGAAAAAACCUUAAAAUCUCCAAGUAUUGAAAAAAGACCAAUUCCUGUCACUGAUAAAAAGGAAGUCAGAACAGUUCAAACUCCUGAUAAAAAGCCAACUACACCAAACAAAACUCUCAAGACUAAUAUUGUUGGUAAAAGGCCUGGCCCAAAGUCAAGUAAGUACUAUUAAAUUAAAAAAUAUGUAGCAGGUAUAUUUAAAGUUUGGGUAUUUAUUUAAUUAUAUUAUGAAAAAAUGCCUGCUGAAAUCAUUAUUUUCGAAAAUUUUCCUUAUAUUUUUUUCACAUUUAGGUUAGAUAAUUGUCUUGUUUAUUAUUAAUAUUUCUUAUACAAUUUCUAAGAAUUUGAAUAGUUAAGAUAUUAUGAGACAUAAAUUAAUUAAUGCCAUGGAAUGAUGCUAUUUAACAAAACUGUUUAAAGUAAUCCAUUUAAUUGACUAUUUUUAAAAAGUAUUGACUUCUAAAAAAAAUUUUCAAUAAUUUAAGAAAAAAUUAGCUUUAAGAUGUUGAAUUUACAUUAUUUUUUUGUCAUCCUUAUUUUUGAAGAUUUUCAAAUAGCAACCUUUAUUAAAAAUUCCUUCAAUAGGUAAAAAUAUAAGUUCAAAUAAAUUCUCUUGUUGAUAUUUUUGAUUUCCAAAAACCUGUUAACGAGAUGUUCUACUUUUAAGUUUAGGUAGUAGGAGAGUAGUUGAGAAAUUUUUUGUUGGUCUGUCAACAAAUUUUCUGUGAUGUAUACAAUACAUUUUUUAUUAUGCAUACAUAAAAUGUUUGUAAACGUUCUCCCUUCUUACAUUGGAACUAUAUUCAUCAAUCAUCAUUAAUCAGGGCUGAUACAUACAAAACCAGACAAAACUUAUGUAAUAUACUAUAAAACUAUUAUAAUGUUAUACAAAUUUGUUUGUAUUUGACAUCUAAUUAAGUAAAAUUUAAUUAAUAAUUCCGUUUCUUGCUUUUUUUUUUAUUUAUAUAUGUGUAAAAAAUAAGGAGGUUAAUUAUAAGUCUUACUUAUUGGUAAAAAAAUAUUCUAUAUUAUUCUAUUUUUUUUUUUUUAUAUACAAAUUUUCAAUCAAAUUUUGACAAAAAUCCUAAAUAUUACGACCUUUAAAACAUAUUACUGAAUUCCAGUGAAUUGUUUUUUUUAUUGAUUAAUAUAUGAUUAAUCAUUGCGUAAAAAUAUGCAAUAAAUUCCUUAUAUUCUUCUUUUCCAACUUAGAGUAGUGUUCCACCUAUUAUGUGAAGAUUAUUUGUCUUUAUUAUACCUUGAAAUGUAAUUUACCUUUAUUUUUUUUUUAAAUUUAAUGAACUUUAAACGUAUUGUGUGAUUGGAGUUGUUGAUGGAUUUAAAUAAUAUUUUCUGUAGUUAUAAUACAUAUGCAUUUGAGCUAUUAUAUUUGGAAAACGGUACAAAAAUGUCAUUAAAUGUAAAAAAGUUAAUGUUUCCAUAUUUCAGAUAUUCAAUGUUUCCUAAUUUUAUUUUAUUUUUCCACCAUUUCGUCUCCCCAAUUUGCAAAUUUUCUGGUAAAUUUAAAACAAUAAUAAUAAUAAAAACCAUUCUAUUUGUUGAAACUUUAUUCAAUUUGUUCACUUGAGUUUAGAAUAAAUAAUACAUAAUAUGUUUAAAUAACUAAUUAAUUUUUUAUUAAUUACAAAAAAAUUGCAGUAUUGAUGGUACGAAAACAUACAAAACAAGAAAAAUAAAAUAUUACUUAAAUAAUAUAAAUAAUAAUAACAAAUAAAUUCAAGUGAUUAAUAUUAAAAAAUUAUCAUAAAUUGAUAAUUUUUUAAUAAUAAUAAUUUAUUCAAAUAAAUAGUUGAUGGACUGUAGGCUUGAACUACUGUACUAUAGCAAUAAUGUUGAAAUUUAACAACAUUGUUAACUUAUAAAAUAUUACUGCUAGAAUAGUAAUUAAAAAUCAUCCAAAAAUUGUCAUUACUGCUAUAGCAAUGAUAUAAUAUUAUGAACCAAUUAUAUCUCAAUGGGCAGAUCAAUGGGCACUUUUUUUUUUGUUUGUUUACACUUGUACUUUUUGGUUUUUUUUUUUGCUGAAGGUUAUAGCAGUAAUGUAAGUGACAUAUUUUUGGACUUGGUUUUGUAAUAAUAAAAUAAAAUAUAAUAUAAUAUUCAUUACGUAAUAACUGAAUUUAAUUUAUGUAUAUAUUAAAGUACAUUAUAUUGUCUUUAGUUAAUUUCUGAAAAAAAAAAACAAAUAAAUUCUUCGUUAUAAUUUAAAUUAAAAUUAAAAACCAUGCCUUGUUAAAGUAGAUUGGUGAAUAUAGAUUGAGAAUGUUAAUUAUCUGAUUUUUAAAUAUUAUUUUUUAUUUUUAUAGAAACAUGCGGUUUACCAUUAAAAAAUGAAAAACCAACUUUAGCUGCCACUAAAAAAAGUACUGAUGAAGUAAAACAAGAACCAUCUAAUACUAUUGUUACUGAAGAAACUAAACAAAAUAUAUCAUUUAAUAGUAAUAGCUCUGACGUAACUAACUCUGCUAAUGAAACAGAAGCUAAGGAAAUUGAUAUGGAUAAUGUUCAAUUAAAUAAUUCUGAAGAUGUAGAUGUAAUGCCACAUGACAGUGAAACUGUAUUGAAUCAUAAUGCAAGUGUUCAAGAAAAAACAGAUAAUUUAGAGAAAUCUAAAUUAAUUGCUGUUCCGAUGGAACGCAAAUGUACUGAAAAAGAAAAAGAACUAGUGCAAACAAAAAAUUUGGUUAAUGCUGAAGAAAUUGAAGUUGAUCAAAACUGUACAAAAAAUACUAAAGCUACGGACGAUUCUGUAAUACAAGAAAAGGAGAAUAGUAUUGUAGAUAAAAAAAUCGAGGUCAUUGAGGCUAAAAAAAUUAAUAUAAUACCAAAAAAUAUAGAUGAAGAUAAUAUUCAAGAUGAAGAAUUGGAUCAUGAAGUUGAUGAAGAAGAAAUAGGAAAUACUAAUGAAUUUAAUGAUACUAAUGAUCUGGUAAGUUUAUACUUGGUAUUAAAUGAAAAGAUAAUUAAUCAAUUUUUAAUUUAUCUAGGAGAAAGCUGUUCAAGAAAAUAGCAAAGAUGACAAUAAUGAAGACUCUAUUAAUUUGACAAUUGGAGAAGAUGAUAUUAAAUUAUUUGCUGACGAGGUAAAUUAGUAUUUUGUUUUAUUUAUUAUCUAUUAUAUUAUAUUUGUAAAUUUUUAGUGUAGUAAAGAUACUUGUUUUUCAAUAUUUCUUUUUCUGCUUUGAUUUUUGAUAGUUUAAUUGUUGGCUAUUUUUAAAUAUUAUUUAGGGAAUAAUUUGUAAUAUUAAACAAAUCUAUUAAGUUGUGAAUAAUUUCUGAAAUUUAUAAUUUUUUUUAACUAUUUUAUUGUAAGUAAAAUACUUGAUUAGUAAUUUUUUCAAGUAUACACAUUAUGUAUCCAAAGAAUAUAGUUUUCUUUUUUUUUAAGUCUUAAUAAAUAAAUAAGUAUUGCAGAAAAUGUGCAAAUUAGGAAGAUAUAAAUGAUUGAAAGAAAAAUAACAAUUUGUUCAUAUCUUGUGAUAACACAUGUACUGAAAUUUGCAAUUGUUCACAUUUUUAAGUUAGCCUCUUCCUGAAUGUAAUAGCUUAAAUAUUAUUUAAUUAUAUAGCCAUACACAUCUUCCAGUGGCACAUUGCUUUUAAAGUUAAUUUAAAAAAAAAAAAAAAAUUAAAUUAAAUUAUAAGUGGUUUCAAGGUAACAAAUAAUAACAAAUUUGUGUUUUUUUUUUAAAUUGUUGGUUUUCUUUAUUUCCAAUGUUGAAGGUUUAAACAAUUUUUUUAGAUAAGUUAAAUUUAUUUUAUUACAAAACUAAUUUUUUUGUAUUGAGCCCAAAAAACACGCAUUGAACAAUUAAUGAACAUCUCUGUUUUCGCUCAUUUUUAGCUGAAAAUACUGAGAUAUCUGACAUAAGUAAAGUUAGGCAUGGCUAACCUUAACACUAGAUGUUCUAAUAUAAAUAUUCCUAGACUCAGCUCCACAAACUUUUCCUGAAGCUUAGAAUAUUAUCUUCAAGGAACCUGCUUGAAGAUUUAUGUAAUAUUAUUGACCUUUAAAUUGAACUAAACAGAUUUUCCAUUAAAUUCAUUUAGAUCAUUUAAAGUAAGCAAUUACACAAUAUAAUAUAAAACAUUAAAGAGUUCAGAUUUUGUUCAAUGCUAAAGGUGAGAUAGAUUAAAAUUAAAACAAAAAAAAAGUACUAUCUUAAGAUAAUGGGCACAGGUGCAGUCACUGUUAAAGAUGUGAGACGUUGGGAAGGUAUUUAUGGGAAAAUUUAAUGUAUAUGUGUACGCAAAAAUUAACCAUUGUUAACGAACAAUGAUUGUGAGUGUAGUUUAGAAAAUUACCUCCCUAAAGUAUCACCCCAGUCAGUCUUCCUUUCUAAAAAAAUGCUUUUAUAAAUCUGUGCAAAAUUGCUGGUAAAAAAGUUAUCCAUGGAAAAACAGAAAUAGAAUAAAAACAAAGAUCAUUACUAUAUAUUCUAAUACAUUCUGCGCUCCACUCUGAAUCUAAAACUCAUAGAAAAUGUAUCCAAAACCUAAUUUUUAAGGUUUAAGGCUAUUAUAAAAUAUGAAUUACUAUGUUGCCAAAAUUAACUUUGCCUAAUUUUGCCCAUAAAUAAGACUUUAAAAAGUGCCAUGCCCUUCAAUUAAGUUGAAAAAACAAUUAUUGAUUUAACAUAAUUUUCUUAAAUUCAGGACUUCAUGCAAAAACUUUGUAAAUGUAACUUGUUAAAUAUUUUUUUUUAAACAUUAACUUAUUAUAUGAAAAGAAGAAAAAUUAAUUUGUGUAUUUUUAUUCCUUGAACUGUAAUCUGCAUUUAUUUAUUUUUUUUAAUAUUCAUUCACUUUGAAAGUAAAAUGUUAAUGGAUUUAAUAAAUAAUGUUUUCUCUGUUUAAUAAUUAGAUCCUAUCACGAUCGGGACUAGGCUAGUUUAAAAAUAUUAAACUUAUGUAGAAAUGUGAAUGUUUCCAAAUUUUGAUAAACUUUAAGAGCAUAUGCUCAACCAGAAGAAGAAGAUAUGCACUGAUUUUAUUUAUUUUCCCUUUUUCCUCCUUUAUUAUUUUAAAUGUGUAAAUUGUUCACGGUUUUGCAACUUAUAUACAAAUUUUGAAUUUUUUAGCCCACUAAUUACAUGCAUCAUUAAAUUAUAUAAUUAAUGGUUUCAUUGGAUAAAUUUGAAUUAUGAAAUUCUAAAUAAUAUUUCAAAUAUUUAUUAAAAUGUGUAUAUUUUUUUUUUUUCAGGAAGACACAAACAUUGAAAAAGAGGGUAAUGAGUUUAAAUAUUUUAAUAUAAUAUUCAUAUUUAUUUUUAAGAACUAAAAAUAUGCACAACUUAGUAUAUAGCAAUUCUAUUAUUGAAAGUUAUAAAUGUAUCAAGUAAGAUAUUGUGUUGUAUUAGCAGUAAAGCUAAUACAGUUAUAAGAGUUCUUAUCCAUAUUUAUGAUUCAUACCAUAUUACAUUGUAAGAUUUAUUUCAUAUUACAUGUGUCUACAAUAUGAUUUCUGCAUAAUGAAAACAAGAAGAUGUAUACAAAAAAAUUAACAAGAAUCAACAGAAUUUAUCAACUAUUUGAUAAAGUUAAAAUCAAAGAAGACAAUAAGCAAACUAUGAAUAUGCAAACUUUAAUCUACAAGCAACCUAUUUUGGACAUCUGCUAACCGUUAGAGUUAAAAAAUAAUAAUAAAAAAACAUUUUUUUCUCAACUACCUGCUGUUCAGUGAAAAAUAUUUUUUUUUUUGGUACAAUGUUUAUAAAUACAAGAAUCAUGAAAAUUUCCAAAUACAUAUUUAUAUUAGGAUGGUUUUAUUAGUUUAACUUGAACUAUAACUAGUUUAUUAGUUGUUAUUUUUAAUUGAAUUAGAUUAAUUUUGUUAUUUAUUUUAAUAAAUUAAAUAUGUAGAAACUGGGUGAAUAUUAUUUACGAUUUUCUUAACAUGGCAAAUUCAAAUCGGUUUUAUAUUUUUUAUUUUUAUAGUUUAAAACCUUGCACUAAUUCUUAUAAUGUUUUAUUAAUUACUAUCGUUAUUUAGUUUCUAAGAGUAAUUUAAAUCUGUUCUUCAUUUAAACAUAUUUGAAUAUGGAUUCAAAUUAUGUUUAACCAUGUUUAGUAUACUAGAGGUAUAUUGCGUGUUUAUAGAUAAUUUGUGUUUUAUGUAUAUUUAAUUUGUGUGACGCAAUCUAGACGAAGUGAUCGAGAACCGUACCAAAGAAGAAAUGUCACUGAGCAAACAGCGUGAAUCUCGUCAUCCUGUUACUGCUAGUAACGGUAGAGCAACAACUGCAUCAGUCAAAAGCCGCCGCAGUGCAACUGAGAAGCGAUCUUCUGUUGGGGAUAAACCACGCAGUAGCCACAAAGAGGACAAGGACAACAGCAACGCAAAACCCAUCAUCAGUGUCAGUACGCCGAAAGAUGAGAAGAAAGAAGAGGAGAAGCAGCUAAUUAAAGAUAAAGUGGAAGCUGGCAAUAAGCAGAGGUUUGUUUUGCACUCGGUCUCGACUACUGAUUCUUUAUCCCUUCAUCGGAAAAUUACGCCAAGGAGAUAUAUAUGACAACCAAUUAAAAAAAAAAAAAACAUUUUUAAUUUUUUUUUUAGCAAAGCUAAGUUUGAACAUGCCACUAGGUUUUCAGAAACGAUUUAUGGAUGGUUAUAAUAUGUUGUAUAAUAUGUAAACCAAAUUUAAUAGUAAAUAAUUACCAGCAAACACCAACUUGCAUGCUUAUUCCAAUGGAGACCAUCUAUUGAAACAAUUUCCAAAUAUUUUGAAGUCAAAAUCUGUUUUUAUUUGGUUCAGUUUUUUGAUUUGUGGUUUCCACAAAUUUUAUUUUGCAAAAAAUUGAUGUGUAUCUUUUAUUUUAAAACAAAUGUAUGUACUAAGUUAAUUUAAAAUAUUAUUUUAAACUAUUGGCUAUUGUGCAUUAUUUGUGUUUCAUUUUUUUUUUUUUUUUUUUUAUUGUAGGAUAAUCUGCAAUUUUGACAUUUAUUUUUUCACAGUAUUUCGACUAAUUUUAGUAUUCAGGAUUUUGUAUAUCAGCAUUUUUCAAUAAAUAAAUCUACAGUUUUGGUUAUAUUACUAAUAAAACUGAUUUCAUAAUUAGUACAUGCAUUGAUUUAUUUUUCUUAACUUCAUUGAUAAAUGAACUUAAUUCAAAGUCUAAAAUUAUUCUUCAGAAAGAGCACAAGUUGUGUUAAACAUUAAAAAGGUCACUUGAAAAUUACUGUAUUGCCUUUUGGUUGGUCUUAACAUAAGUCAAAAUUACAGGGUAAAAUAUGUAUUUAUAAAUAAUUGUUCGUAUGAAUACAUAUUGUUGUAUAAUAUUAAAAAGGUAAUAACAAGACAGCAUUUAAUAUUUUAGUCAUAAAUAGAUGUUGAAAAAUUAUUAUUUUUAGAAUUAAAUGAAAAAUUCAAAAACGAAUGGAUGUUGAUGAUGAUGACGAUGAUGAUGAAGAAACUCGUUAAGAAAAUAAUUUGUUUUGGAAAUUAGAAUGUAAACAAACAUAAUCAAAAACCAUAUAAAAAGAUUUGUAAUUAUGCAAAUUAAUUUGAUCACAUUAAAAUAACAAAGACAAACUAUAAAUUAGUAGUAUUUGAAAUGAACUACAGAAUGAAAGACAAUGCAAAUAUAAAAAGAAUAUAUAUAUUAUUUAUGUGUAAUAAAUGACAUUGAAGUAACUAUUAUUUUGUUCUAUAGAACAAUUGCAAUUUGUAUCAAAGUCUAUACAAUACUUAUAUCAAGUGAAGAUAAUGUUUAGCUGAAAUAAAAACUUGCAAGAGUUUAAUCUAUGCAUGUUCUCAUUUGAGGAAUUGAAAAUAAUAAUUGUAUACCGAAUAAGAAAUAUAUUUUAAUAUAUAUUGAUGAUAUAAAUUUCAUCAAUAAUAGAGUAAUUAUUUACAUCUGGAAGAUAAUAUAACAAUGUUGCUUGAUUACAAUAUGUGCAAUCUAUGUACAUUGUACACAAUAUUUCUAAUUUAUAAAAAUUUAUUUCAAGAGAUAUCAUUUUAAUUAUGCAUUUUCAAGUUAGUAUUUUUCUGAUUUUCAAACAUUUGGCAAUAUUUUUCAAGUGACUUUGUUGUUAAAUACUAUAUUUCUUAUAACACUAAUUAUUAUUGUGAUUAGUUUUUUGCAUCAAGAUGAAUUGAUGUAUCAGUAAAAUUGUCUACAAUAAUGAUUAGAAAUUUAAAUGCUAGGUGAUUUAAUUCAAAUAUUAUGAUUAUUAAGUGGUAAAUGUAUUGAUUUAAUUACUUAUAUUGUUUACGAAUAAAUAAUUUCUUUAUUUAAGUCAAAACAAGGAAACAAGUAAUCAUCUAACUAAUGUUUUUAUGUAUGUAUGUAUGUAUGUGUGUGUGUAUGUAUAUAUACAUAUUUUUAUAUGUUAAUGUUACCAAAAUGUGUAUACAUGUAAUGUAUCAACAUUUUAAAAAUAAUUCUUUAAGGACUGCAACUAAUGUUUUUUCUCAAAUAUUUCAGUAAUGAUUCAAAAAAUCCACAAACAUCAAAUGAUACAUGUAAGAUUUUAUACUUUAAUGAUUUAUUUAUGUUAACAUAUUAAAUUAAUAUUUUAUUUGUUUUAUUUAUUUUAGCAAAGAAAAGCAAUGCAUCCUUGGUACGUAACAUUUGGGUUAGUGGCUUGUCAUCAAUUACCAAGGCUACUGAUUUAAAACAGCUUUUUUCGAAAUAUGGAAAGGUAAUAUUAUUUAAAUAAUUGUAUUGAAUAUCAAAUUGAUCAUCAAUUAUUUACAUUUGUUUUAAAUUAGAAAAAGUGUACUUAUUAUUUGGACCUAUCAUUGUAAUGACACGUUAAUUGUGAAAAUAUCUCAUGUUUUUUCAAAUUGUAAUGAUUUCUUUUGCAAUUAAAUUUAUGUAAACAAAAUCAAUGAUAUAAGUUAAAAUGUUAAAUAAUUUUAGUUAAGGUUUAAAGUUAAGUGAGGCAUAUAUUUAUAAUUAUUAAUAAUUUUUUAUGCUGUGUACCAGAAAUCUUUCUUCAGUGUAACAAGUGGAAUUUUUUCUGAAAAGAAAUUUUAUCUAGUUUGUACUUUAUUUAGAAGAGGUCAUUUUUUGAUUUUUCAAUCAGUUUUUAUAGUAACUGGGUAAAAAUGAAGGGAUAAAUAGACAAAUAGUAUGGUGUGACAACGAUUUCAUGAUUUUACAUUUUUGUCACUUAUGUGUUUACUACCGAACAUAUUGCUCUAAUAUAAAAAUGACUACAGAUCAUUAUUGUUGCAUUUUUAAUCUAAUUAAUGAAUGCAAUUUUUUGAUUUUUCGUGUAUAUUUUUAAUAAUAGCAAUACCAAAAACAAAUUCAGUUAAAAUUAUUUGUAGAGACUCAAAAUUUAAACAAAAAACUUAUAUUUGCCAUUUCUUGACGUGGUAAAAUAUUUGAACCAAUUUUGAACUUUUUAUAGAUAUUUUAAGCAGAGUUUUAUUUAAUUUUUAUUCGGUGAGGACAUUGUAGAUCAAAUUGGUUUGACUAAACUUAAAUACUCGGAAAUUUAACAGGAGAUUUAUAUUAAGUGUUGUACUUGAUGUUAAAGAAAAAAAAAAUGAGUUUGAUGGACCGCCAAUUUGGCUAAUUUUAGACAUUUUUUAAGGUCUUUUGCAAAUGAAAAAUUCAAUAAAUAAUUUUUUUUCAAAUAAAUAUAAAUAUAGACAUUAUAAAUGAUAUUUUUAAUUGUUAAUUUUUUUUACAUUUUUGUACUAAAAGUAUCUGAAAUUAUACUUUGUGACAUUUAAUUAUGGACACUAUUGUAGAAUAACAAAUAUUAGAAAUGAUAAAUUUGGAUUAAAAGACAGAAGAAGUUUAAUUUCAGACAGUAGAGUAGCUUUUUAAAAAUUUCUUUCAUUUAUAAAUUUGUUUUUUUUUUACUAAAUUUCUUUGAUUUUAUAAUUAUAAUGUUAUAAAAUUUGAACCGUUUCUUUUAGUAAAAGAAAUAAACUUAAACAUUUCAAAUCAAAUAUAUAAAUACAACUAGUAAUUAACACUUCAGAAAAAAAAAUUGUCUGAUUCUCAAUAUAAUAUUUUCUGUAAUUCAAACCUGGGCAGUAACUAGUUACAAAGUUACAAAUAUUAGUAAAUUUAUAACUAUUACUUUUAAUUUUCUUGUAACUUGUAACUUAACAAUUUAUUUUUUAUUUGAAUAAUAAAUGUACAAGUUAGUUUUUAUAUUUUGUUAUCAUUAUCUUACAACCAAGAAUUUUCAAAUUCGCAUUAAAUUUAAUAUACAUGUUAAGCUAUUUUUUUAAAAAGUAUUUAGAACAUUUAAUUAUUGUUUGUGAAAUUUAUAGCUAUUUUUAAAAUCUGUAACUUGUCUAAAAUACCAUGUGCCACUAUACUCAAUUUUGUUAGGUAUUAUUUUCAUCGGUGUCCAAUUUUAAAUGAAAAAACUUACAAAAUUCUAUCCAGUCAAUUACUUCUUAUCUCUUCAAAUAAUUAAUCGAAGAUUGUAAUAUUUCAUUUAGUUUUAUUUAUACGCGUCAUGUUAUUCAUCACACGCUUAUGUCAGUAUUUUAAUAAUUUAUUUUCACUUUAAGCUUUGGUAUAAUAGUUCCAUUAAUACCAACCUUUAUUGUCAAAUAUAGUAAGUAAAUGAAGUAUAAUUUUUUUAAAUUAUUAAUAAAUGCCUUUUUUUAUGUAAAAUGAUUAAAAAUAUAUAAGAUAUAAGUGAACUGUCAAGAAGACCUUGUGUGACCACAUGUCUUAACAAAUAAUGAUUUUACUUAUGGUUUUUACCCAAAAUACAAACAAUUUUUUCCAGUAACAAAAAAAAAAAAAUUACACAUGCCAUGGAUACAACAUUAAAUGCUAUCCAUGGAUAACCUUUCAAAUAAUAAUUAUGUAUAAGUCUAUCAAAAUUAAAAAAUGUUGACAGUAGUAAUUAAUUGGAAAUAAUUAUAGCUUUUUAAAACAUGUAUAACCGAACCUUUGAAUUGUUUUUCGUUCGCAAUGUUUUAUUGUUGCUUAUGGGUUUAAAUUAAGUAACUGAAUAUCUUAAAUGUACAAUUAUGUUUAUUGUAUACAUUUUACUUAACAUAAUUUUGAUUUAAAUAAUUUACUUAAAACUUAAUAAAUAAUAAAAUAUAUAAUCUGCAAAUUAAACUUAAAUAUCUAUAAUUUUAGUCUUUCUGAUUAUAUGUUUGCUAUAUUGAAAAAAAAUUAUUUUGCGAACUAUAUUUUGAGACUUAAUAUUUUAGUUUGUUUCUAAUUUAUAUGUUCGCUAUAUUAAAAUCAUCCUAUUGUUCUCUGAUUGCUACAUACCUGAGCAAUUGGUUUGUAACAGGUUAUGAUAUAUUUAAAAAAAAAAAAAUUUCGCGAACUGCACUCUGAGACUUAAUAUUUUAGUUUGUUUCUAUUUAUAUGUUCGCUAUAUCAAAAUCAUCCUAUUGUUCUCUGAUUGCUACAUACCUGAGCAAUCAGUUUGUGACCGGUUGUGACAUUAUAUUUAAAAAAAAAAAAUUAUUUUGCGAAUUGCACUCUGAGACUUAUUAUUUUAAUUUGUUUCUAUUUAUAUGUUCGCUAUAUCAAAAUCAUCCUAUUGUUCUCUGAUUGCUACAUACCUGAGUAAUCAGUUUGUGACCGGUUGUGAUAUUAUUUUUUGACAAAAAUAUGAUUUGUAAACUGCUAAGAUUAUUUACUAUGAUUUAAUAUUAGAUAGAUACAUAGAUAAAUGUUGAAUUGUUUUAUCAAAUUAUACUUUUAUUUAAAGGUUGUUGGAGCCAAAGUUGUAACUAAUGCAAAAACUCCAGGAGCUCGUUGUUAUGGAUUUGUUACAUUAUCGUCAGCUGAAGAUGCUAAUCGUAGUAUUGAACAUUUACAUAAGACUGAACUUCAUGGACGUGUUAUUAGUGUUGAACGAGUACGUAUUACAGUAUAUAUUAUAUAGUUUGUUACUUAGAUAAUUACAAUUUUUUUUUCUAAUAAUUUAAACACUCCUAGGCAAAGCGUGAUAAUGGCUAUCAACAAACUGCUAAAACAUCAGAUGCAAUUAAAACAAAAGAAAGUUCAGAAUCUGAGCGUAAAAUUAAAAAACCUGAAGAAAAAAAGGAUAAACGAGAAGAAAAAAGAGAGAAAAGACCAGAAAUUACAAUUAAUGAUGUGCAAAAGAAACAUGAUGUUUCUAGAGACAUAAAGCGAUCAGGUGAAUAUUCUAUAUUUAUAUAUUUUAUAGUAUAAUAUAUUUAUAUCACUAUUAGUUUUUUCAAAUUAAAUUUAUUCUAGAUUUUGUACUUGAAAAAUCCAUAUAAUUAUCAGCUAUAAUUUAAUAUAUAUAGACAAUAAUAACAAUAUAUUGGUUAAUUAUAUAUUAUAUUAUACCAAUAUAUUGGCAUAAAUGUAUGCAUAUAUUACCAACGUAUUAAUUUAAACAAGUGCAUGAGUGCAUGAUUUGUUGCAUUCAUAUUACUCUGUUAAAUAAUUAUUUAAACAAUAUUUUUCUAAAUGUCUAGUAUCCAAAGAUCAAGCCCAAGAAACAAAACGCUCCAAAAUUGUAAUUGAAGUAGAUGAUAGAAAAAAAGAUAGAAGUAUUAAAAGUAAAAGUAAUGAACGUGAUAGGGAAAGACUAAGAGAAUUAGAAAGGGAAAGAGAACGUUUAGAAAAGGAGAAAAGAAGACAACAGGAGAUAUUAAAUUUUACAAAAAUGAAGGUAAUAUACUUUUUUUUUUAUAACAAAUUUAUAUAUAAUUUUAAAAGUAAAAUUUUAAAAUCUCUGAUGUGUUAUUUAGACUGAGCGAGAAAGACAAAAACAGAAAGAACAGGAGAGAGCAAUAAGAGAAGAAGAACGGAAAAGGCGAAUUGAAAAAGAACGUCAAUUAGAAAUUGAAAGAAAACAAAAAGAAGAAUCUAUACGCCUGGAAAAGUUGGUUUUAAAAUUUGUUUAACUAAUUAAUAGUGUCCUGUUUUAUACUUGAUAUUUUAUUAAUCUAGAGAAAGACAGAAACUUCGAAUUGAACGUGAACGAAUCGAAAAAGAAAAGGCUGAAUUGUUGCGUAUUGAACGUGAAAAUCAGCGUAUAGAACGAGAAAGAUUGCAGAGAGAGAAAGAAGAAUUACGUAGAGCACAAGAGAAACUCGAAGAAACAAAACGUCAAGCAGUACUUAAACGAGCUAUCCCUCCGUCUCCUCCACCCCCUAGUAAAAGACAUUCUUCAGGUUCAUCUCGAUAUGAUGAAAGGUAUAAUAAAAAUAAUCAAAAGCAAUUACUAAAUACAUGUGGUAAUAUAAAUAUUAUUUUGAACUAUUAUUAAAUUUAAUGUUUUUCAGAAAAGAACCACCAAUUCGUAGUUCUCGUGUUCAGCCUAGUACAGAUUAUAUUAAUCAAACAGCACCUCCGCCUCCUAACAUAACAUCAUCAAGACAUCGUUAUGAUCAGCAUUCGUCAGAUUCUCGUCGUUCUAGGCCAUCACCACCACCUCCUCCACCCCCUGCAUCAAGGCCUAAAGAUUCUACUGUUAGCAUGAGGUAAUAAAUAUCAUAAUAAUAUUAUAAAAUUGCACAAAUUUGCAACUUUUUUCUAUGUUCUUAUUAUAGAACUAACUUAAUCUUUUAAUUAGGUUUAAUUAAGUUCUCUAAUGCUAUUUUUUAAUUCUUAUAAUCUUAAAAAAUUUUAUUUGUAUCAUAUCACAUUUUUAUGUUUGUGAUGUUAAACCAAUUCUAGGAUAUGCAAAGAUUUGUAAAGUCUUAGUUAUUAUUCCUUUGGCUUUAUAUAUAUAUAUAUAUAUAUAAAUGGUGUUUAUUAUUGUAUAAUCAAUUUGGUUGCUACAUGCAACCUAUUUAAACUUGAUUUAUAUUAAUUUAAUCGCGAGUAGCAACACUGUGAUAGAAUUCUGCUAGUAAUUUAUAAAUAAAUCUAGAAUUAAAUUAAAUAUUUUUCAUGUAACUUGUUUUUAGUGAAUUAAAGCAGUGGCGGUUUUUUGUCAGGUAUCAAACACUAAGUUAAAAACUAUUUAUAACUCUUAAUAAAUUCGGUAACAGUUGUCAAGUUUUAUUUAUGGUAUGAUGAUUUAUAUUAUCAGUAUGUUAAUUUGUAAUUUCUAAAAACCAGAAAAGUAGAAGGGAAAUCUCUUUUAUUUGCAUUAUAAGUCCAUCACUACUGAUCGAGUUUAUAAUAAUAUAUUUUUAUGAAGUAAUUUAAUAUUCAUAGAUAUUGACUAACUUGGUCAAAAAAAAAAAAAAACAAUCAGCUUUUGACAGCUAAGCAAUAAUAAUUCUAUUUGUUUAUUUUUGUACAGGUUUAUGAUACAAAAUUAGUUUAUUAAAAAAACCUACAAUAAAAUUAAUAGCACCCAAUGCUUUUUAAAAUAGAAGUGUUAAAUUUGUUGUUUAAAAAAAUUGCUUAAAGAGUUUAAUUUUGUUAAUGAGUAUUUUAUUUUUUUACUCAUGCCCAUUAAUAAUAAUGUAUUUAAAACUUCCAAUAUCAUAGUUUUUAACACUAGUAUAUUAUCAUUAUAUUAAUAUUUAUAGUUUUUAAAAAUCACAAGUAAGAGACAAAUAUUUCAUUAUAUAGUCUCAUAAACACCAUUAAGUGUAAGUUUUAAUUAUUGUUUUAAAAUAAUUUAAUAUUUAUGGUACCUAUUUCUGAACUUAUUUCAAAAUAUUCAACUUUUGACAGCUAAACAAUGAUAAUAAUAAUAAUAUUUGUUUAUGUUCGCACAGGUUCAUAAAACAAAAUUAGUUAAUUAGAAAAUCCUUUAAUAUCAAUAAUAUACUAGAUAUUUCAAAAUAGAGGCCUUAAUUUGUUUAUAUUUAAUAUUUGUAUUAAUUUACUAUUAAAUUUUAUGACAUCUAAAAGGAUUAAAAGUUACAACUGUAUUAGUAGUCUGUUGAUUUGGUGUGAAGUAACAUAAUGUUUCUAAUACGAUGUUUUACAUUUUUGUUUUUUAAAAGCUUAUUUAUUUAGAAGUGCUUCUCUUAGUUUCAGCACUUUGUUAAUUAUAACUGUUAAAUUAAUACUAAUAUAGAAACUCAAAAUAUUGUCCAUUACAAGUGUACAAUUUUAAGUAAUAAAUAUAAAAUUAAAUUUAUGUUUAUUUAAUUACUUAUACAUUUCCAUUUAAUGGUGAGUUCUACAAGAGUGGUCUAUGGGCUGUAGAUAAAAAAAUCUUGCUAAAAAUCAGUGUAGCAGAGUUGAGAAUAAUGCUUAAAUGGAAAAGUGUAGUGACAAUAGAAGAUAGAAUAAGGAGUUAUACAAGGAUGAUGGGUGUAUGCGAGGACAAUGUGGGGAAUCAGAUCAAGCGAUAAUUUAAGACAAGGUUAGGAUGAAACUAAAUGGGAAAAAGAUUCUAGAAACAUUAUAAAUACUAGUUACAAAUGAAUUUCAAUGAAAAAGAAAAAUUAAAUUAUUAAGUAUAAUAUAUACCUAUAAUUGGUGUGUAAUCAUUAUAUUUUAAACUAUUAUAGAACUUUAAAGACCAAAAAUGUUGGAGCAAAUCUAUAUCUUUUAUCUGUCUUCUUAUAUGCAUCAUUGAAUCGAAGUUCAUAAAAUAUAUUACUAUGAAGUUUUUAAAUAUUUGUAGUAUUUUUGAACAUCGUAUAAAAAAAUCAGCCUUUGACAGCUAAACAAUAAUUAUAUUUGUUUACGUUUGUACAGGUGUGUGAUACAAAAUGUAUUUUCAUUUAUAUUAUAUGUUAUUAUUAUUAUAACCUAAUGAAUAUAGUUGAGUGAAUUGUAUACAAUUAACACAUUUAUAAUGUAGUUAGUUAGUUAUGAACAUUAAUUAUCAUAGGUUUAUUUAUUUAUAUGCAUUUUUUAAUAUUAUUGUAUUGUAGAUAUGGUGCUCCACCACCAACAGAUCAUCAUUAUAGAAGUCGGGAUGAUCGGACAGAUAGAAGAGAAGAAUCUCGUAGAAAAGAGUCCAGUAGUGGUGGUAGCAGUAGCAGGCAUGCACAUACAUCAACAUAUGAUUCAAACAAAAGUUGUGAGUAUAUUAAUAAAUUUAAGUAUAAUUAUUUAUUUGUUUCUUUAAUUGUGAUAAUAAUUUUUAUUUUAGCCUAUGGAUUGUCUCGUAAUAGUCAAAGUACUAACUGGACAUCGGCUCCAGUUAAGAGUUCUUAUGGUUCACUAGGUUCUAGCUCUGGAUCUAGUAGCAUGGUAAUGAGUAAUAGACUAGAUCCAUGGUCAAAUACUAGUGGUAGUCGAGAAAUUGAAACAAAUGUAUGGCAACGUCCUCUUCCUCCAGCACCAACUGAUAAGUAUGCCACAAUUUUUAGAUAUUUGUAUUAAUGUACAUAAAUUUACAUAGAAUUUGCUCUAGCAGGUGGAACAGUACAUCAAGUAAUCCUACAUCUUUGUCGUUAAGUGGACGUAGUUCAAGCAGUAACCCUUUGUAUGGCAAUAAUCAUCAAGUGUUACCUAAUGUAGGUUUGAACAUGUCUUCUAACUUCAGUGAUAAUAGAUUUGAUAGUUACAAAAUGAGUGGCAUGUCACGCAAAUAUUAAUGAAACUCAAAUGGUCAAAAAACUCGUCAGAAAUAGUUAUAGUCAUAGCACAACACAUUCCUUUGUUCUUGUGCCUUCUUGCUUUUUAUGUAUUUUAGUAUUGGUUUUUUAAAAUAUGAUUUUACUAUAUAUUUACUGUACAAUUUAGAUACAUAUUUUUGGUUUAUAAAUGCCAUACAAUUAAUUUUUAGUUAUGUUUAUAUUAGUUUAAGGAACUAUUUA